AUGAGUGAAUUCAAGAAACAAGUGGAAGGCUUUGCUACGAAAGCAAUUCAUGUGGAACAAGAAACGGAUUCAUGGUCAGGCAAACAGGUCGUUCAGCCUAUAGUUACCACUACCAUAAUUCGGCAGGAAGAACCAGAUAGUUUUCUUCCACACCAUUACGGUCGAACGAGUAAUACUACACGAAGUUUGUUGGAAAAAUGUUUGGCCUCGUUGGAUAACGGAAAUUAUUGUCUUGCAUUUUCUUCCGGUCAAGCCGCAGCCGCAUCCGUAACAUCGAUUUUGGCGUCUGGCGAUCAUGUCCUGUGUGCCGAAGGCAUCUAUUCUGGGGCACCGGAUAUUUUGAAAAGUUUGGAGGAUAAAGGAAUUCGGUUUGAGUCGGUUGAUUUUACAGACCUGAACAAUGUGAGGCAGGGAAUUAAAACCAACACAAGGAUGAUUUGGAUGGAGUCAAUCACAAAUCCAUUGCUGAACGUGUUAGACAUUGAAGGUGUUUGCGAAAUUGCGCACUCUCAUCCGAAUGUAGUUGUUGUUGUAGACAACACAUUUCUAACUUCCUACUAUCAACGUCCGUUAGAACUUGGUGCUGACAUUGUCCUAUACUCUUUAUCGAAAUACUUAAGUGGACAUUCCGACCUAAUUAUGGGAGCCAUUGUACUAAAUGAUCCAGAAAUCUACGCUCGCUUGAAAUACGUUCAGCAAACUCAUGGUGCAAUAUCGUCACCAUUCGAUUGCUACCAAGCACAAAGGUCGUUGAAGACCUUAGCUGUACGAAUGAAACAGCAUGGAAAAUCGGCAUACAAAAUUGCUCAGUUUCUGUCAACUCAUCCUGCAAUCGAAAAAGUUCUUCAUCCCGCGUUACCGUCUCAUCCACAGCAUCAUUUAGCUCUGAAACAGUCGUAUGGUCAUAGUGGGAUAAUAUCAUUUUAUGUGAAAGGAGGCUACAAGAACACCAGAAAGUUCUUACUAGCAUUGAGAAUCAUAAUGUUAUGCGGAAGCCUUGGUGGUGUGGAAAGCGUUGCCUCAAUUCCAGCUUUUUGGUGGGCAGACGGAAAGAAUUUAGAUCAACUGGCAACAUUGGGAAUUACCAGUAACUUCGUUCGAUUAUCGGUUGGUUUGGAAGAUUGCAAUGAUUUAAUUAGAGAUUUGGAACGUGCGCUGAAUUUAUCGCAGACCACAGGACUAACGAUACUAAGAGAUGGUGUCUCUUGUGUCGAAUAUAUCUAUUCUCGUUGCAUGUGUGCGGUGAAACAGCGCACAAGUAACGAGUACAGCGUCUUAUUACAAAAGGUGAUAAGAUAUGGCCUUUUUCAUUAA